AUGGCCGUCAUCGCCGUCGCAGGCGGCACAGGCGGCGUGGGCAAGACAAUCGUCGACGUCCUCACGCAAGAAGCAAAGCAUGAAGUCAUCGUUUUGACACGAAAGGCAAUGUCACUCUACGCAUUCAUCUAUCGAAACCCCUCUAACGGACCUCAGAUCCAAGAAAAUAGCCCCAUCCUCUCCCGCGCAAAGCAGGUAGAGGUGAACUACAAGGACGUGUCCGCUCUGACCCAAACCCUGAACGAGCACAAAGUACACACCAUCAUCUCCGCGAUCUCGCUGUACAGCGAGGACGACAGCGAGGCCCAACUGAACCUAAUCCGUGCUGCGGAGGAUGCACCCGAAACAAAGAGGUUCAUGCCGAGCGAGUACUCGUUCAUCCAGACGGAAGACCUCCUCCCCCUGGACCCAAGCAUAAAGUACUUCCUGGACGCCGCGAACCUGCUGAAGUCAAGCAGGCUGCACUACACGCGCGUGAUCCCCGGCUUCUUCAUGGACUACUGGGGCAUGCCGCACACGAAGACGAAUCUGUCGCCCAUGACGAUCGCCGUGGACAUGGGCAGCUGCGAGGCGGCGAUACCCGGCGACGGGGACGAUGGGAUUGCGAUGACGUACUCGUAUGAUAUGGCGCGGUUUAUUGCGCGGUUGCUGGAGACGGACGCGGAGGGGUGGGGGGAGUUUAGUGGUGUUGUUGGGGAUCGGGUUACGUAUAACCGGCUUGUUGGGAUUGGGGAGAAAAUUCGGGGCCGCAAAUUCAAGGUGGUCUAUGAUAGUGCGGACAAGGUGAAGCAGGGCGCCGUUACUGUUCCGAGGCAGCCUGUGGGAAAUGGAUAUAGCCAGGAGGACAUGGUUGAGGCGACGGCGCUCAUGGACCGGCUUGUCAUUGGGAAGGUGUUUGAGUUUCCGGCUGCGAUUCAAUCGAAGGAGGGCGAGGUUCUGGAUUUGGUCAAGGUUGAGCAGUUCGUGAGGGAGGCGUGGGACGGGAGGGCGUAG